AUGACCCCGAUGCGACCAGCCAUGGAGCCACCAGAAGUGGAUACGCCCGUUAUCCUCGUCUCGGACUUCGAGGAGGACCCGCCAAUUACCAUGAAGUAUGUGAAGGGAGACAAUGAGAUCGACUUUGAGACCGUGUACCGCAACAUCAGGACCCUGUCUCAUCAUCCUGGCCGCGGCAUCCUCAGUACGGACAAUGAGUCAGAUCCUGAACCAGUGUUCCAGAUGAAAGAAUGUGAGCCAGAGUUCCUUGAAGCCUUCUGGAACUGCGCUAGCGAUCUCUGCGAUUAUUUUGCCGACUUCCUCCCACUCGAUACGGCGACUAUGCAGAGUGUAUGGUUCCAUCUGCUGGAUAAGUUGCAAGAAGCGGCAGUCCUUCCUCACCACUACUGGGUAUCCGGCGUGCCAUCUUGCAAACAUGCAGAGGAGUUCGUCACAAACACUGAAUUCCUUAUGCAAGAGGUCAUGGCAUUCUUGAUUUUUCCCUGGGAUUUUCCGCGCCUGACGCCUAUCAUCAAUUCUGACCACUUGAAACCGUAUCCCGCUCGUGCUGGCAAAAACGGUCUCAGGGCGUGGCAACAAUUCCUCUACAAGGAUUCUCCAGGGUUCUUCGUACCCAAAUCCAAGAGGGUGUACUUGCACGCUACUCAACCCGCCACAGACAACACCGAUCCUGAGGUGCACAUACCCCGUGGAGGGCUAGCACUCAUUGACAGUCAUACCAAAAGGCUGAGGGCGCUCACGGAGAAGGUUUCUCAUGACGAAUCAGACACCGACACGGACGCAGACGCACUGGCUGAUUUCGAUCGAAAGGUACUUCAACCUAUCAACUCGCUUUUCUGCAUUGCUCACUAA